UCUCAGGGCCAUUUACGGGGUGGAUCGGAUCCGCAAUGGUCUCCAUGGCAGCGACUGCUUCUCCGCCGCUGAGAGGGAAAUCACCUUCUUCUUCCCCAACACCACAAUGGAGCCAUUUCCAAGUCGUCAAGCGGCUGAGGAUUUUCUCAGCAAAUAUGUCACCCCGACCCUGAUCCUCGGCCUGACCCUGCUGUGUAAACUGAAGCCUCGCAACCCCGUGAUCUGGCUGGCUGACUGGCUGUUGGCCAACAACCCGAACCGGCCCAAGGUACGGGAGGAGAGAGUGAGGGAGUCUCCCACCUGCGAUCCCGGCCAGAGCACUGAUAACACGGCCAGCAUUCCCAAACAGCACUGA